GACUUUGCCCAUUGCCGAGACAUAACAAUCGAUAGUCAUCUGAUAUAAUGUUUGGAUCUAGAUCGACCUCUGGUUUUGGAGGAUUUGGUAGUUCCAACGCGAAUACAGGGUCACCCUUUGGUGCAUCUGCUAACACCAACAACACUUCACCUUUCGGAGGGAAUAAUAAUAACAGUGCUGGAGGAAUCUUUGGAUCCACUAACAAUAAUGCCAACAACGCUGGUACUGGGGGUUUUGGCUCUACUGGUGGAGGUUUCGGCUCGAAUAAUACUGGUUCUGCUUUUGGAUCAAACACUGGAGGUGGAUUAUUUGGAGCAUCUAAUACCAAUGCUAAUGCAUCACCAUUUGGUUCAUCUAAUAACAAUACCGGAUCUGCAUUUGGUGGGGGUAACAACGCUGCUGGUGGAUCGGUAUUUGGUGGUGGCGCCAAUACUAGUGGAGGUGGGUUAUUUGGCUCAUCUGCCCCCAAAUCUACCUUUGGUGGGUUUGGUUCUACAUCGGGCACUUCUCCAUUUGGAGGUGGUGCUUCUGCUGGUGGGUUUGGUGCUGGUGCUUCUGAUGCUAAUGUUAAUAAUGGGACUGCUGUUAAACCAUUUGCGCCAUUUGCUGAAAAGGAUAACACUGGUGCUACCAAUCACUAUCAAAGUGUUGCUCCCAUGCCAGAAUAUAAAAAUUUUUCUUUUGAAGAAUUGAGAUUGAAAGAUUAUGAACAAGGUAGGAGAUACGGGAACUCUUCUGGUGCAGCAGGUGGUGCUUUUGGUGGCAGUGGUGCUCUAGGUGGUAGUGCUUUUGGUGCACCCGCUAACACUGGAUCUGCUUUUGGUGGUUCCAACACUGGGUUCGGUGCCAAUAAUAAUGCUUCCCCAUUUGGUGGUGCUCAAAAUAAUGGUUCACCAUUUGGUGGUGCUAAUAGUACCGGCUCUGCCUUUGGUGGUUCCAAUACUGGUUCUACUUUUGGUGGUUCAAACAAUGCAUUUGGAGGUGCUUCAUCGGGAGGUGCUUUUGGUGCUCCAAAACCUUCAUUUGGUGCCUCGGGAUCAGCCUUUGGUGGUGGUGGUGCUUCUACUGGGGGUGGUCUUUUUGGUUCCUCAAAUAAUAACACUUCACCUUUCGGUACUAACAAUAAUAAUGCUUCUUCUGGCUUUGGAGGUGGUAUGAACAAUAAUAGUAAUCCUUUUGGUGCCAAUAAACCAGCAACGGGUGGGGCAUUUGGUUCCAAUACUGCUAACAACAGUUCACCUUUUGGAAAUAACAACAAUACCGGUGGUGGCCUCUUUGGCUCUGCGUCGAAUAACAAUAACACCGGUGGUGGUUUUGGUCAAUCUAAUAACACCGGUGGCUUUGGCCAAUCUAAUAACACCGGUGGUGGUCUUUUUGGCUCUAAUAAUAACAACACCAGUGGAGGAUUUGGUCAAAAUAAACCAGCGGGUGGUGGUUUAUUUGGUAACGCUGGUGCUAGUAAUACCAAUACCAAUACUGGUUUUGGUUCAAAUACCGGAACAGGGGGUGGAUUAUUCGGCUCAAACAACAAUACCAAUAACAAUACUGGCGGUGGUUUAUUUGGUGCCAAACCAGCCGCUCCAAGUGGUGGCUUAUUUGGUUCCAAUAACAAUAACAACAGUACUACUACCGGAGGUGGUGGUUUAUUUGGCUCCAAUAAUAAUAACAAUAAUACUACCAGUGGUGGUGGUUUAUUUGGUUCCAAACCUGCUCAACCUGCUGGUGGUGGCUUGUUUGGAGGAUCUACUCAAAACAAUUCAACUGGAUUUGGCUCAACCAAUAAUAAUACUUCUGGUGGUGGUCUCUUUGGUUCCAAGCCUGCUCAACCUGCUGGUGGUGGGUUGUUUGGUUCCACGAACAAUAAUAAUACUUCUACUGGUACUGGUGGUGGGUUGUUUGGUAACAACAAUAACAACAAUACUUCCACCGGUGGUGGGUUGUUUGGUAAUAACAACGCCAACACUUCUAGUGGAGGGGGUUUAUUCGGAUCUAAACCUGCUCAACCUGCUGGUACAACUGGUGGGGGAUUGUUUGGUAAUACAAAUAAUGCUAAUAACACCAACAAUACUACUACUGGUACCUCUUCUGGUCUCUUUGGAUCUCAAAAUCAACCGCUGCAACAACAGCAACAACAACCAUUGGUUAAUAUCAAUGCUCAGAAUCCUUAUGGUAACAAUCCACUUUUCCAAAGUAUUUCAGGAACCCAACCACAACAAUCUUCAGCUCAGCAAACUCCUCAAGCCAUAUUCAUUUCUUCAUCUCAAAAGAAAAAACAGGUCACUUUGGGGAGCGCUCAUAAAGUAGCACCAUUAUUUAGCCCUGUGGCCCUCAAAUAUAAAAGUUCCAAACCAGAUAAGCCAAAAUCUGUUAAUUCUGCUUCAAACACCUCAUUGAUCAAUGAUACUACUUCUUCUACUGAUACUAAGAAUAGCGUUUUCAAUGGAGAAACUGAUGCGGCUAUUAUUUCGUCUGAUAUUUUUACUCCAAAAUCAAAUUUCCGUAAAUUAGUUUUGGAUAAAUCAAAACAAUCUAAUAAAGAAAGUCCGUUACUUCCAUCUUCAUCAAGUGAAAGAAACCCUCCAAAACAAGUUUCUUUUGCCUACAAAUCUUCAAGUAGCUCAGAAUCUGGGGAAUCAACUCCAUCUAAUAAACUGCUUGAAUACGGUACCACAGAAAACGCUAACGGUGGCGCAACUGCUAAAUUGACAACAGAGGAAAUAACAGAAAUCAACGAUGAAGGUUACUGGACUUCACCUUCUUUUUCAGAGUUGAAAGCCAAACCUUUAUCCGAAUUAAGAUCAGUCAAAGAUUUCAAAAUUGGGCGUAAAUUCUGCGGUACUAUUGAAUUUCUCGAACCAGUGGAUUUAUCUUCCUUCCGUGACAUAGAAAGUAUAUUUGGUGAAAUUGUUGACUUUCAAACAUCAACCCUUGAUGUCUAUCCUGAUAAGAGUACCAUCCCUAAGAUUGGCGAGGGUCUCAAUCACCCAGCAAGAAUCACCUUGGAAGGUUCUUACCCGGUAAAUAGAGAGAAUGGACUUCGUGUAACUGAUCCAAAAUCUUAUCUUCUCCCUAUGCAUAUUGAAUCAUUGCAAAAUAUCAGUCCAUUGAUGAAAUUCGUCAAAUACGAACCUUCGAAUGGUAAUUGGACUUUUGAUGUUGACAACUUCUGUGACGAGUAAGCUUGUCAACAAACUCGACAUUGUUAAUUUGAAUCAUUUUGUUUUGUAAUAUAGUUAUUAAAUAAUUGCAUGGAAGCUUAUGGCUUUUCCAAAUGUAAGGACGCGCAAACGCGUU